AUGAAGUUCCUCCUAUUUGUAUCUUUUGUUAUAGCUACGGUGUCCGCAGCAAUUUUAGGUAUUGAUUAUGGGCAACAACUUACCAAGGCAGUUUUAUUGGCACCUGGAGUCCCAUUCGAGAUUGUUUUGACUGAUGAAGGGAAAAGAAAAGAUUUAUCGGGUAUAUGUCUUAGAAAACAAAGCAAGAAUGACUUGACAAGAAUCUAUGGUUCUCAGAUGAGUUCAUUAACUACUAGAUUUCCAAGUACUUGUAUCUUAGAUUUGAAACAAUUGUUGGGUAAAAGUAUCGAUGAUCCUUCUGUUGUCCAAUUCUUAAAUGAACAUUAUGUCAAAUUAAUCCCUGAUGAAAGUCGAAAUGGUAUCAAGUUUGAUUUAGGAUUUGACAAUUCUACCUUGGAAUUUACUGUCGAAGAAAUUUUGGCAAUGCAAUUGAAUAAUAUCAAAAACCGUGCAUUGAGUCACUUGGAAGAAAAUCCUCGUGCGGCUGUUUUAGUUGAAGAUGUUGCCAUUAACAUCCCACCAUUUGCAUCUCAAGCUACAAGACACGCUUAUUUAGAUGCCUUGAAAUUAGCCAAUUUCUCCAACGUUUUAGGUUUAGUUGAAGAAGGUACAUCUGUUGCCUUGAACUAUAUCAGCAACAAGAAACUUGACAAAAACGAUUAUGAUAAUAAUAAGCAUUAUUAUUUGAUUUAUGAUGCUGGUGCAGGAUAUACCACUGCUACAUUAUUUUCUUUCACUCCAAGAAGUGUUGGUCAACUGAUUUUGGAAAUAGAAAGUAUUGGAGCUGAUGAAAACUUUGGUGGUAGAACAUUAACAAAUUCUAUUUAUUCUUUAGUUUUAGAAAAAUUCUUGAAUCAUUUUGGUUUGGAAGAAUCUGAAGUUACUGAUAAAAUUGGUGCAAGAUUGAAAGAUAUUGCAGAAAAAGCCAAGAUUAUUUUAUCUGUCAAUAAUGAAUUCAAAACUACCUUGGAAUCCAUCUAUAACGAUAAAGAUUUUAAGGUUCAGGUAACACGACAAGAAUUUGAAGAUGUAAAUGCAGAUUUGAUGGACCACAUCAGUAAGCCAAUUUUGAAAGCCUUGAAGGAAGCCGGUUUAACAGUUGAUGAUAUCGAAUCAGUUGUCUUAAAUGGUGGAUCUACAAGAGUUCCAUUUGUUCAAAAACACAUUUCUUCUUUAGUUGGCGAAAACAAGAUUUCCAAGUCGGUUAAUACUGACGAAAGUGCUGCUUUGGGUACCACAUUAAGAGGAUUGAAGUGGAAAACCAACUCAGUUAACAGCAAGGACAUUGCUUUAAUUGAGAAGAACCAUCACAAUUUUGAAAUUGGUGUUAAUGAUAAUGAAGAACAAAUUGUUGUAUUCGCAAAACAUUCUUCUGUCGGAAACACCACUAAAGUAAACUUGGGAAAAUUGGAAAAUGAUGGUUUGACUAUUUCCUUAUACGAAGAUGGUCAAUUAUUCAAAUCAUUCACUUUUGAUGAUAUUUCCACAAGAGCCAAAAAAUUAUCAUGUAAAUCAAAACAAGAUAAAGAAGUCAUUGCUAAAUUUGGAUUGGAUGAUAACAAAAUGUUUGAACUUUUAGGUAUUGAAUUGGCAUGCAGUGAAGGAUCCGAAGAAAAAUCAUUCUUCAAGAAAUUAUUGAAUAAAGAUAAAGAAGAAUCUGAAGAAGAAGUUAUUAUUGAUGAAGAAUCCGAAGAAGUUGAAGCCGGCGAAGGUUCUGAUGACAAUAAAGAAACAAAUGAGGAUAAAAAGAAAACAAACUCAACCGAAUCAAGUUCAAAAGCUUCCAAGAAGUCUAAAUCACCAAAGACGGUAUUUGUUCCAAUUCCAAAGGCCACAUACCCACAUAUUAAGCCAAUUGGAAGAAUUGCAAAAAAGACCUUGUUUGACAAAUUGGCAUAUUUGAAUGCUGAAGAUGAGCUUAAAGUCGCUAUUGAUGAAAUUAGAAAUAAGUUAGAAGCCAGCUGUUAUAAGUUGCGUGAUUUUGUUGAAGAAAACGAAUCAACAUUGUUAAAGGAAAUUACCAGUAAGGAUAUCGAUGUUAUCAACGAAUAUAUCAGUGAAUUAAUUGAAUGGCUUGAUUUUGAAAGUGAUGAUGCAGGUAUUGAAGUAUUGCAAUCAAAGAUAAGCGAAGUUGAUGCCAAGGAAUUAGAGUUGAAGAGAAUUACUGAAGUAGCUUCGGCUGAUUUGACUCAAGAAGGUAUGAGAAAAUUAUAUGAAGAUAGUUCUAAAUUGAUUAUGUCUAUUCAAACCAGUAUGUUGCAAUUUGGUACUAAAAUUUCAGAAAUGCGUACCAAAUAUGCAGAAGCUGGCUUAGAUUUCGAAAAAGAAAACGAAAGAAUCAAGCAAAAAUUAAUCGGUAGAGGUGAUGACAAAAUGUUGUCUUUUGACAAAAACUUGAAACAGUAUAAGGACGUGAUUACUGCUAUGGGUAAAAUUUUAGAGUAUGAUGCCAAAGAAUUUGCCAAAUUGACCAGAAGCGAUUUAUAUUCCUAUCACGAAAAAUUAGCAGAAGGUGUUUCUGACAUGCUUGGUGAUAUUAUUUCCAUUGAAACUGUACAUUUAGAAAGAAUAGAAAUGUUUGAAAGUCAGUACAAGAAAUUAUUGGAAAGAAAGAAGCAACAAGAGUUUAGAAAGAAGUUAAGAGAAGCUCAAAAAGCUGCGAAGGAAGAAGCUAAGGAAGAAGAAGAAGAAGAAGAAGUUGAAAUUUUUGAAGAAGACGACGAAGAAGUUGUCAACGAAGUUCCAAUUGAAAGCUCAUCUACUACAGAAACCAUCGAAGAAAGUUCAGAAUCUGAACCUAUUGAAGAAGAAGAGGGGGAAAGUACCGAUGGUAAUGAAGAAGACAGUGAAGAAAUAGAACACGAUGAAUUAUAA